AUGUUUAUGGUCUCAUUAUCCGUGGCGCUAACCGUAUUUGUGCAAAACAUUCAUUUCCGUACAGCCAAUUUCCCGAUUUCGGAUCGAAUUCGACGAAUCUUCAUCGACACAUUGGGGCGAAAGCUGCUCAUCUCAAGAGCCACAGAAGAGGCUAAUUUUCAUCGAAAAGCUCAGCAUAACAAGCAAAUCAGCGCCUUGUCGGCGAUGUCGAUUCUACAGAAGCAGUUCCACAAGACAGUAUUCGAAAUAGAAAUGGCUACGAAAGCCAAGAAACCGAUGUCAACUGUGAAUUCGCUAUUUCUCGAGCUACCUAUGAUGAAUCGCUCAAUGAGUGUCAAGUCGGCUAAUGCUGUUUCACCCUUGAACCUGAAGAAAGGCGGGAAACGUCGUAAAACAAGCAUUCAUUCGAGCUUCAAUUCAUCACAAAAUCAGAACAUUCGCCGAUCCGACAGUAUCGUACGAAAUAAACUACGAAGAGCUGAAAGGAACGUGCAGUACAUCGCCGAAACUCUUACUGAACGACGUCAGGCAGAGGAG